AACCAUGCAUGUGUUUACCUGUUCGCUUCAUCCGAAGAAACAAGUCGCCCUCUUCGUUCAAUGCCAAACUGCCCAAUGCCUGAGGGUCUAUUCUUUUUACGUGUAUUUUGAGGCAUUGCUUCUAUUAUUCCAGAAAGAAAGUCGGUUCUUUUAAGAACGAUCUACAAAAACGCAAAAAGCAACAUGUCACAAGGCACCAAAAGCAACUUUCAACCAGUUUAUGUAGUUGGUGUGGGAAUGACUAAAUUCCUGAGGCCAGGCACCAAUAAGCUAGACUACCCGCAAUUAGUAAAAGAAGCUGUUGUAGCUGCACUCAGCGAUUGCAGAGUAUCCUACGACACAAUUCAACAGGCAACUGUAGGUUACGUUUAUGGCGACUCUACAUGUGGACAAAGGUCUCUCUAUGAAUUGGGAAUGACAGGAAUACCAAUUUAUAAUGUGAAUAAUAAUUGUUCUACUGGUUCCACAGCCCUUAUGCUGGCAUAUCAGUUCAUCAAAGGGGGUAUUAAUGACUGCGUCCUUGCAGUUGGAUUUGAAAAAAUGGAAAGAGGCUCAUUGACAUCCAAAUUUCGGGAUCGUGUCAGUCCUCUGGAAAAACACAUGAAGUUGCUUUCAAAUAAUCAUCCCAUAGUGGCAGCUCCAAUGUCUGCUCAAAUGUUUGGAGCUGCAGGACAGGAACACAUGAUGAAAUAUGGAACAACUAAAGAACACUUUGCCAAAAUAGCCCAGAAGAAUCAUAAGCAUUCGGUGCACAAUCAAAAUUCUCAAUCAAAUCGUGAAUAUUCAUUGCAAGAGAUAUUAGAUUCACCAGUUGUUUAUGGACCUCUCACUCGAUUACAGUGCUGUCCCACAUCAAAUGGUGCAGCAGCUGCUGUGGUUGUAUCCAAACGUUUUGUUGAAGAACACCAUUUACAAAGCCAAGCUGUGGAAAUUGUUGGUAUGGAAAUGGCUACAGAUCCAACAUCAAGUUUAUCAGAAAACAGCUGUAUCAAAAUGGUUGGUUUUGAUAUGACAAGAAAUGCAGCCCAACGACUAUAUGCCAAAACAUCAAUAAAACCACAAGAUGUGGAUGUCAUAGAAUUGCAUGACUGUUUCUCAACCAAUGAACUUAUUACAUAUGAAGCAUUAGGACUCUGUGAAAUUGGUAAAGGAGCAGAACUAGUGGAUGCUAAUGAUAAUACUUAUGGAGGGAAAUAUGUGAUUAAUCCCAGUGGGGGAUUAAUUUCAAAAGGACAUCCAUUGGGUGCGACAGGUUUGGCUCAAUGUGCUGAGCUCUGUUGGCAACUUAGAGGUGCAGCUGGGCUAAGACAAGUAGCUGGUGCUCGACUUGGUCUUCAACACAACAUUGGAUUGGGUGGUGCAGCUGUUGUGGCACUAUACAAACAUGGUUUCCCAGAGCUUUCACGAUAUAAAUCUAAGUUGUGAAAUGUCUUUAUUAAAUAUUAUUUAAGUUUGUUACCAUUCUACUAUUCUUAUUGUAUUGAAUACAUUUUCCCCCAGCAUAUUCUUGAGAUUCACAAGCAUGUAUUAGAGACCAGUUGAUAAAUUUCUUUUUUGUUUUUGUA